AUGGGAGAGACCAGCCAGGCUGCCGGACCGGGGCUGCCUUCCUCGCCCUCUCCUUCUCCUCCCUCCCGGCGCUCCGCCUGCAGCCUCUCCCCGACGGUCGGGAAAGGGACCCCGCGACCCGGCGGGGACAUCACCGGGCAUCUCACCUUCCCCCUGCUGUCGGUCUCCCUUCUGGUGUCUUUUGGCUCCUCCAUGCUCUAUGGCUACAACCUUGCCGUGGUGAACUCUCCAGCAGUGCACAUAAAGGCUUUCUACAAUGCCACGUGGUCUCAGCGGUACGGACAUGAGCUGACCCCUGGCCCCCUGACCCUCCUCUACUCCCUGACUGUCUCCAUCUUUGCCCUGGGAGGGCUGGUGGGCUCCCUGCUGGUUGGGAUGCUGGUGGAGCGGUAUGGCAGGAAUGGUGCUCUGAGCCGCAGUGCUCUCCUCGUCCUCCUGGCCGGCGGCUUCAUGGGCUUCAGCCGGGAGCUGGGGUCCCCUGAGAUGGUGAUCAUCGGUCGCUCCAUCACAGGGCUCCACUCAGGUAUCUGUCUCAGUGUGGUGCCCCUCUACCUGGGAGAAAUUGCCCCCAAGAACCUGCGGGGUUUCCUGGGCCUCAUGCCCAGUAUCUUCAUCUGCCUGGGGGUUUUUGCUGCGCAAGUCCUGAGCCUCCCAGAGCUGUUGGGCGAGGACAGAUUCUGGCCCCUGUUGCUGUCAGUGGUGGUUGUUCCUGCCUCCCUCCAGCUCCUGCUGCUGCACUGCUUCCCUGAGAGCCCACGAUACCUGCUGAUAGAGAGAAAUGAUGUCUGUGGAGCCACCAAGGCACUGCACCAGUUCCUGGGGACCCCUGAUGUGCAGGAUGUGAUCGAGGAGAUGAAGGAGGAGCAGCGGUCGCUCUCCUCCAUGGAGAUGGUCUCUGUGUGGCAGCUGCUGCGGGACCGCUCUGUGUACUGGCAGACCCUCUCAGUGGUGGUGGUGAAUGCCGGCAUGCAGCUCUCGGGGAUCGAUGCCAUCUGGUUUUACACCAACAUCAUCUUUGAGAACGUUGGGAUCCCUGUGUCCCAGAUCCCCUACACCACCGUGGGCACCGGCGUCAUUGAAAUCAUUGCUGGGCUGAUUGGGUGCUUCACCAUCGAGAAGGUGGGCCGGCGGCCUCUCAUCAUCAUCGGCUUCUGUGCCAUGGGCAUCUGCUCGGCUGGCAUCACUGUCUCCCUGCUGCUGCAGGCUGCCCUGCCCUGGAUGCACUACGUCAGCGUCGCCUGCGUGGUCGGCAUCAUCGCUGGCUUCUGCAUGGGACCAGCUGGUGUCCCCUUCCUGAUGACAGCCGAACUCUUCACACAGUCGCACCGCCCAGCUGCCUACAUUGUGGGGGGGUCCCUCAACUGGCUCUGCAACUUCACCGUUGGCUUCAUCUUCCCCUUCUUGCAGAUGUCAACUGGUGCCUUUUGCUACCUGGUUUUCUGUGGUGUCUGCCUGCUGGUGGCCCUGUAUGUCUACUUCAUCAUCCCUGAGACCAAGAACAAAACCUUCAUGGAGAUCAGUCACAUCUUUGCCACCCGCCGCUCCGUCCUCUCCUUCCCAGCCCAUCUCAUUGGAAUGAUGAGGCUCGAUGGCUAUGGGACCUUGGAGAGCAGCUCCAUGGAGGGCUCGGGCUCCAGCCUGCCCUGAUCUGGGUGGGCUGGAGGGAAUGGGGGUGGUGGAGGAAGCUCGGGGCUAGGGAAGAAAGUGGGGGUCAAUUUGUUCUGACCUGGUCAGCUCUGGGUCUCCCAGGACAUGUCCCUGUGCCACAGCCUUUUUCCAAGAUGAUGCACUUGGGUUGCACUGACCACUGUGCAUGACCCCCAUUCUGGAAGAGAUGCCCCCACAGAGACGAGGGCACCUCCUGUGGCAGGGGUGUCU